AUGAGUGCAACUCCACACCCGUUCUUAGAUUCUUUUGAUCCAGAACCUGAAAGAACCUUUAGAGUUAGGAGAAAAGCCCAAAGGCAAAUCCCAAUCCCAGACUUUGAAGAAAUGGAGAAUGUAGGAAAUAGAAAUGGGAAUGAUGGGGUAGGAGGACCUGCAAGGAUAGAGAACACACAUGUAAUAGAUGACAAUGAUAGGUCCAUGAUGGACUUCAUCAUACCUGUGUUUGAUGAAUUAGAUCCAAGCAUUGCCCAACCUGUGAAUGGAGUACCCUUUAAGUUAGAACCGGUGAUGUUCACCAUGCUCCAAAACAUGGGGCAAUUCCAUGGUCUGUUGAUGGAAGACCCACACAAACACCUUAGGAAUUUUAUAGAAGUGGCAAACACUUUUAGGAAUUCGAACAUCUCAGAUGAUGUGCUGAGGUUAAAGCUCUUCCCUCACUCACUGGCUGAUAAAGCCAAAGAGUGGUUGAACUCCCUUCCAUCCAACUCCAUAACUAAUUGGCACACACUUGCUGAAAAAUUUAUCAUGAAAUUUUUCCCAUCCAACAAGAUAGUGCAAACUAGAUGUGAUAUCACCAACUUCAUGCAGAAGGAUGGUGAGACCUUAGUGGAUGUGUGGGAAAGAGCCUUAGCAAAUUCUGCUGCUAAUGGCAUGUUUAUGACCAUGUCCUUCAACCAAGCCCAUGAGUUGUUAGAACAAAUGACUCAAAAUUAUGCCCAAAGGCCUGAAGAGAGAAAUCAGUCUAGGAGAGUGGCUGGUUUACAUGAAAUAGAUCCUGUAACAGCCCUUUCAGCCAAGUUUGAUGCACUGUCCACUUUAGUGAGAUCCCAAGGACAAGCCAUUGAGGCAAAAUUGUCUCAGCCUCAAGUUCCAAUACCUACACCUCAAGUGCCAGUGACCCAACCUCAAGUCAAUGCAGUGAACACAGGUGAAACUUGUGUUUGCUGUGGUGGGCCCCAUUUGUUUGGAAGCUGCCCAUCCAACCUAAAAUCUGUGUAUUAUUUGGGGAACCAAAAUAAUUUUUCCACUAAUUUCAAUCAAGGAUGGAGGCAGAACCAACAGCCUCAAUAUUUCCAAGGGCAAGGGCAGCAAGCUGGCUCCUCCAAUGCCCAAACCAAAAUGCCUUUUCCCACCCAGAACUACCAACAAACUUCAAGGCAGCAAGCUGUUGUUCAACCUAGUGAGAUGCUUAUUGCUCCACCUUCUUCCUUAGAAGCUUUGUUAAGGGAAUAUUUGGUUAAGAAUAAGACUAAGCAAAACAGUUUGGAAGCUAUUGUCCAAAGUAUUCCUGCAUCUUUGAGGAAUAUAGAAUCCCAACUAGGCCAUUUAGCAAACACUAUGAAUACCAGACCCCCUGGUACCCUGCCUAGUAAAACUGAAGAGCCUAGGAGAAAUAAAGAGCAAUGCAAUAUGAUAGAGCUCAGAAAUGUCAGAUCUGUAAAUCAGCCAGAAGCUUUGUUGCAUGUCAACAUUCCAUUUGUGGAUGCUUUGGAACAAAUGCCCACUUAUGUGAAAUUCAUGAAAGAAAUUCUUUCAAGAAAAAGGAGGCUAGAAGAGUUUGAGACUGUUGCUCUUACACAAGAGAGCAAUCAAUAUCUGCUUAGUAAGAUACCUCCUAAACUAGGAGACCCAAGAAAUUUUACAAUCCCAUGUACCAUAGGAGACCAUUACAUAGGCAGAGCUUUGUGUGAUUUAGGUGCUAGUAUCAAUUUAAUGCCUCUGAGUGUGUACAAAAAGCUGAAGGUAGAUAAGUUUAUUCUCCCAGCUGAUUUUAUAAUCUUAGACUAUGAGGAAGACCGAGAGGUUCCAAUUAUUUUGGGAAGGGCUUUCUUAGCCACUGGUGGGGCUGUCAUAGAUGUAAAAGAGGGGGAGUUAGCAAUGAAUGUGAAUGGAGAGCAAGUCAAGUUUAAUAUCUUGAAAGCCAUGAAAUAUCCAAGGGAUAUAGAGGAGUGUUCUAGGCUGGAUAUCAUUGACUAUGUGGUUAAAGAUAAAUUUUUGCAUGAGUCUUCAUUAGACUCUUUACAAAAUUCUGGUUUUGAGGGUCUAGAAAUCAGUCAAACUGAUUCUGAGGAAGUAGUUAAGUGGUUAAAUUCCAAAACUGAUGUAGUUUGGAAAAAUAAAAAUUGA